UAAAAAAGACAAACGCGGCACCACGCGAAACUUUUGAUGGUCAAGUGUGCAAGUGUAGAUGGUUGUAUAGAUGUGUGUGUGUGUGCAACAGAAAAUAAAAGAUACAUAUGAGAUUUUCUUUAAGUAUUCGGCCUUCUCGAAUCAGAAAAAUUUAAAAGAAAAUACCCCACAUCAGCAAAAAAAAAAGCAAAUUCAAAGCAAAAAUUUAAAAGUCCAAAAAAGAAAUUGUUCCUAGAAUAUAAAGGAAAAGGCUUAAAUGGUUCUUGGCCGUCUCUUUACACUGAACAUGGUGCGGUAGAUGCGUUCUCAAUAAAUCAUCGCUGAAACAUUAAAAUUCGCGCUGUACUCCAUCGUCCGAAAGAAAACCAAUGGUGACAGAAAAACCAAAAUUUCCCUUCACGCGCGAGUAUUAGUGUGUGUGUGUGUGUGUGAAUGUGUUUGUUUUUGUGUGAGUGUGGCUGAACGAAGCAGCUUUUGGCCGUGUGGAAAAUGGCUAUAGCCAACUCAACACUUUCCCUCAAUUGAUACAUGAGUCUUAAGCGACAUGUGAAGAAGUUUUUAAAACACUCAAAAAAUAAAUAAAAUUAGAAAACGAAACAAUGACGAAUUAUGAAAAUUUACUAAACUUGCCGUUAAAUUUCAAUGGCAAUGAAUUAAAUGCAGAACUGGCCAAUGCAAAUGUAACCCACGAUGCUGUAAAAAUGUCCCAGAGAGAUUUCUCAGAGAAUGAACCAGAAUGCAAUGCUGAACUGACGGCUGCUAAUCGUGCGCUAUUUUUGGAAAAAGUUCGUCAAUCGAAUGCCGCUUGUCAAAAUGGAGAUUUUGGCACCGCGGUCAUACUUUAUACCGAUGCCCUGCAAUUGGACCCCAGCAAUUACAUACUGUACAGUAACCGCUCGGCGGCUCGCCUAAAACAAGGACAAUUUGCCUUGGCUCUGCAGGAUGCCACCAAGGCUCGUGAGCUGUGCCCCCAAUGGCCGAAAGCCUAUUUUCGCCAAGGCGUUGCAUUGCAAUGCCUCGGUAGAUAUGGCGAAGCGCUGGCUUCCUUUGCGGCCGGCUUAGGACAGGACCCGCAGAACAAGCAACUAUUAUCUGGCCUGCUGGAAGCAUCAAUCAAAAGCCCUCUGAGACAUGCCCUCGAACCGACAUUCCAACAGUUACGUACUAUGAGCUUGGAUCAGUCGCCCUUUGUGGUCAUAUCGGUUGUAGGACAGGAACUACUGCAGGCUGGCCAAUAUCACUCGGCAGUAACGGUGCUGGAGGCUGCCUUGCUCAUUGGCUCGUGUUCGCUGAAGUUAAGGGGAUCAGUUUUCAGUGCCCUCAGCUCGGCCCAUUGGGUUCUCAAUCAAUUGGACAAAGCCAUUGGCUAUAUGCAGCAGGACCUGGCAGUGGCCAAAAGUCUGGGAGACACGGCCGGUGAGUGUCGAGCGCACGGCAAUUUGGGUUCUGCCUAUUUCAGUCAAGGUUCCUUCAAAGAAGCUCUAACGGCUCACAGAUACCAACUGGUGCUUGCCAUGAAAUGCAAGGACACCCAAGCGGCGGCGGCUGCUCUAACAUCCCUGGGUCACGUGUACACUGCAAUAGGGGAUUAUCCAAAUGCAUUGGCCAGCCACAAGCAGUGCGUGCAGCUGGUCAAGCAGAUUGGCGACCGACUGCAGGAGGCGCGGGAGAUAGGUAAUGUCGGGGCAGUGUUUUUAGCCAUGGGAGAUUUUGACUCUGCGGUAGACUGUCACACGCAACAUCUGAGAUUGGCGCGCAAGCUUGGUAAUCAGGUUGAAGAGGCAAAGGCGUACUCAAACUUGGGCUCCAGCCACCACUAUCGACGCAAUUUCUCCCAGGCCAUGACCUUUCACGAACAAGUUUUGAGAAUAUCCCAACAACUGGGGGACCGCAACAUUGAAGCAAGGGCCUACGCCGGUUUAGGGCAUGCCGCUCGAUGCGCUGGCGACAUUGUACAGGCCAAGAAGUGGCACGAGAAACAGCUGGAAAUGGCACUAGCGUCACGUGACAAGGUCGGAGAGGGAAGAGCGUGUUCCAAUUUAGGAAUUGUUUACCAGUUGCUGGGCGAACAUGACGCCGCACUGAAAUUACACCAGGCUCACCUCACUAUAGCAAGACAGUUGCACGAUAGGGCUGGAAUGGGCCGGGCCUAUGGCAACAUUGGCAAUGCCUACUCGUCGGCCGGCCUGUAUGAAGCAGCCAUAAAAUAUCACAAACAAGAGCUGAUUAUUAGCAAGGAGGUGAAUGACCGCAGCGCCGAAGCCUCUACUCACGGAAAUCUUGCUGUGGCAUAUCAAGCCCUGGGUGCUCACGACAUGGCCAUGAUUCACUACCGGGCACAUCUGAACAUAGCUAGGGAGCUGAAAGAUACGCAAGGCGAAGCCUGUGCCCUUUUAAACCUGGGCAAUUGUCUCAGUUCCCGCCAAGAAUUCUCCCAUGCCGUUCCAUAUUAUGAGCAAUACUUAAUGUUGUCCCAGGAGUUGGGCGACGUAGCGGCCGAGGGUAAGGCCUGUCACUUUCUCGGCUACGUUCACUACUGCAUUGGCAACUUCAGAGAGGCUGUACGCUAUUAUGACCAGGACUUGGCUUUGGCGAAAGAUCUACAGGACAAAAUAAACAUGGGGAGAGCCUACUGCAACUUGGGACUGGCGCAUCUUGCUCUUGGGAAUACCCAGGCAGCAUUGGAGUGUCAGAAAUAUUUCCUGGCCGUGGCCCACAUGACCAACCAUUUGUCGGGCAAAUUUCGCGCCCUUGGCAAUAUCGGCGACAUACUCGUAAGAACGGGCGAAAUUGAGGAGGGAGCCAAAAUGUACCAACGUCAGUUGACUUUAGCUCGCCAUUCGCGCGAAAGGUCUAUGGAGGCGGCAGCCUGUGGGGCCCUCGGCUUGGCGCACAGGCUCGUCAAAAAAUUCGACAAAGCCUUAGGGUACCACACGCAGGAGUUGUCGUUGCGCCAUCAAAUGGCCGACUUGAAAGGAGAAUGCAAAGCCCAUGGCCAUUUGGGGGCUGUGCACAUGGCUCUGUAUAAUUACACUCAAGCUGUGAAGUGCUACCAGGAUCAGCUGGCAAGGGCCCAGGAGCUACAGGACUCCGCUAUUGAAGCUCAGACGUUUGGCAAUCUGGGAAUUGCAAAACUGAAUAUGGGACAUUACGAAGACGCCAUCGGUUAUUUGGAACAGCAACUGGGAACAUUGGAACGUGUCAACCUGCCGACCACCCAGCACGACAGGGCGCGAGCCUUGGGACACCUGGGCGAUUGCUACGACGCCCUGGGUGACUACGAAGAAGCCAUAAAAUGCCACGAACGUCAUUUGCAGUUGGCAACAGAAUUGCAAAGCUUUCGCGACCAGGAGAAGGCCUAUCGAGGAAUGGGUCACUGUCACCGCGCCCUUGGCAACCUACAGGAGGCUCUCGUGUGCCUUGAAAAGCGUUUAGUGGUGGCUCACGAAUUGGGAAGUCCCGAUGUCAAGGCCGUAGCCUAUGGAGAUUUGGGCAACAUUCACUGCGCUCUGGGUAACCACGAACAAGCCGUCAACUGUUUAGAACACCAACAAGAAAUCGCCAGAGAGUUGGGAGAUCGAAUACUCGUAUCGGAUGCUACGAGCGCAUUGGGCAAUGUCUAUCAGCGGAUGGGCGACAACGAUGGGGCGCUGAAGUUGCAUAAAAUGGAUUUGGAAAUGGGUGAUCACUUGGGAAAUGCUGGCAUGCAGGCAAGAGCUUGUGGCAAUCUGGGUGCCGUAUAUGAGGCCAUUCGCUCCUACGAUGAUGCUGUAAAGUUCUACGAGAAACAAUUGACCAUGACGACAGACCACCUCAGCAAAACGUUUGCUUGUGGAUCGUUGGGACGCGUAUUUCACCAAAUGGGUCAACACGCCGAGGCCAUUAACUAUCUCAAACAAGGGUUGGCCAUAGCACAAUCCAUCAAUAAGUCGGAAGAAGAAGCUAAAAUAAGACAUCAACUAGGUCUUGCCUUAAGGGCUUCCGGCGACAAUGAAGGAGCUAAGCAUCAGAUGGAAAACGCUGCUCAACUUUUGGAGUCUGUACGAUACGAUCAACGCAGCCCAGAUGCUCGUAGCAACCUAUUCGACCUACAGACAUCGUGCUAUCACAUUCUCCAGCAGAUCUUUGUGGCCAUGCAGCGCAACGAAGACGCAUUAGUGGCCGCCGAGCGCUGCAAGGCCCGCUCUUCUCCAGACACGAAUAGCAUUACGCGCAAAACAAUGAUGACUUGCAGCGAACACAUCUACGACAUUGUCAAUCGCACCAAGAACAAUGUCCUCUACUUUAGCUUGGCCAUCGACGAGUUGUACGCGUGGUUUUUGCAGCCGCAAAAAGGAAUUGUGCGCUUUCAUGCCAUUAAGAUCAGUGAGGAAACUCUGAAAAUGUCUUCCGAGAAAUUGGCGGAACACGCCAAAGACUCCGAGGAUAAGGAGAGCCUGCUUGAGCGAUACAUCAACAUGGUGCGUGACAACUUGGGAGUGAACUCGGACACCGUGCUGCACGAGGGUGAUGGCAGCGGUUGGCGUUCAUCGUCGGAGAAUCUCCUGGAUGACUUUUCCAACGAGAGAUCUGGCUUCCUGCGCAUGGUCAAUCGGAACCAUCUGAUGAACUCAUCUAACUAUUCCCUAAGUUCGCUCUUCAGUUUGGGUUCGGUGGGCGGGUCGGUUGCCAGCAGCUUGCAGGGGUCUACCCGUUCCAUAGGAAGCUUGCAGGGAUCUGCACGCUCGCGGAGAGCUCCCAUGCUACCCGUCUGGCAAGGCCCUUCCUGUUUGCACACCUUGUUUAACAUAUUAAUGGCCCCGUUCGAUGACCUCCUACCCACGGGUGGAGCGGUCUCCAGACAGGGAAGGAAGGAACUGAUUUUAGUACUCGAUAACGAGCUAUACCUGGUGCCAUUUGCCAUACUGCGCAGUUCACAGGAAGAUGGAGAAUAUCUAUCAGAAAGGUGUUCGCUUAUUACGGUUCCUUCUCUGCACUCGCUGCGCAUCAAGAGUAAGAUACUACGCUCCCGAGAACUGGCGGAGAAUUUGAACACAGCGCUGGUAGUAGGCGGUCCACGCAUACCAACCACUUUGGCGGAGACUUGGCGGUGGUCAGAAUCGCCCGCCUCCCUGCAAGAGGCGGCAAUGGUGGCCGAUAUGCUGCAAGCUAAAACGCUCGUGGGCUGCAACGCCACUAAAGAGGCUAUCAUCUCCGAAUUGCCCUCGGCCGAAUGUGUGCAUUUCGCUGCAAAUCUGAGUUGGAAACUGGGAGCUGUUGUUUUGAGCCCUGGCGAUGUAGUGGAUUCACAGUCUCAGAAGCGAUUCUAUCAGUCAUCGAACACUGACACACCUUCCGAGCAGGAUCACGAGACUCCCGAACUGUCGGGAGGCAACAUGGAAUUGCCACAACUGUCAGACUUUAUUUUGUCAGCGGUCGACGUUUUGAACAUUAAGCUCAACGCGAAACUGGUGGUUUUAAGUUCCUAUCACUCCAUUGAGCCCAUAACUGGUACGGGCGUGGCGAAUUUGGCUGGCAGUUGGUUGAGUGCUGGUGCGGGCGCGGUCCUCAUCUCUUUGUGGCCAGUGCCAGAGACAGCGGCCAAAAUUCUACUAAGAGCUUUCUACUCGUCCCUACUUCAAGGGGCCAGAGCAGCAAGAGCUUUGGCCGAAGCUAUGCAGACUGUGCAGCACACCAAACAUUUUGCCCAUCCUGCCAAUUGGGCCGGAUUUCUUUUGGUGGGCGGAAAUGUGCGUCUAUCCAACAAAGUUGCUCUCAUGGGCCACGCCUUGUGCGAACUCAUGCGCACCCCUGACAAGUGCCGAGAUGCCUUGCGCGUCUGUCUUCAUUUGGUGGAAAAAAGCCUACAACGCAUACACCGAGGGCAGAAAAAUGCCAUGUAUACCACGCAGAAGAGUAUCGAAAAUAAGGCGGGCCCAGUGGGCGGUUGGAAGGAUCUACUGAUGGCUGUCGGCUUUCGUUUUGAGCCCGCCGCCAAUGGGAUACCAUCCAGUGUCUUCUUCCCCCAGACUGAUCCCGAGGACAGAUUGUCGCAGUGUUCAGCCAGUCUACAGGCGCUGCUCGCUUUAACACCCCUUACUCUGCAGGCUUUAGCCAAACUGGUCGGUAGCUCCGACAUGGCCGAUGACAUAAUAGCAGUAAUACGCAACGUUUUGGCCCAGUACCCACCCAAAGGUAGUCCAGAGACCGAAGCGGCCAUAGAAAUUCCGCUCUCAGUUAGGUUGUGGCGUGUGGCCGGUUGCCACGAGCUGUUAGCCUCGAUGGGCUUUGACUUGACGGAGGUGGGACAAGAUCAGGUUACCUUGCGUACGGGGAAACAAGCAAAUCGACGCAUCUGUCAAUUCGUUUUACAAGCUCUCCUGGCUCUGUUUGAUACCCAGGAGGCUCCCAAGAGUCUAGGAUUGGAUUCUUCAAGCAGUUGUGAGUCCUUGAUCGAAGACAACGGCACAGAUGUUACUGUUUCAAAUGCGCCAAACAAUCAUCAACAUCUAACGUCGACGCCCCACCAGGCGUUGGUAACCGAUCCUGCUAAAGCGCCACUGAAUAUGGGCAUGUCCUUGCCCCCCUUGCCGAUAAAUCGUUCCCGCUUAAUAAGUACCGGCAGCGGAGCCUUCAUUUCUUAUGUGCGACGACGUGGCGAACCCGACGGCGGUCGAACCGAUAACGAAACUAUGCCAACGGCCAGUGCCGCGUGUAGUUCGUCCACCAUUUACCCUAUCUUGGAUCAAUCCAGUCUCAAUAACACCACAGACAGUGAACUCUCAGAUGGUUAUAUAUCUCAAAGUCAUAUAACCAAGACAAGUACCUGUCGUCUACCGUCGUCCACUUUAAGGGGUCCAGUGCGAGUUUCCAGGCCUGGCGGUGGCGGCGAAAGUGAUGCCGCAUUUACCCCCAGCCCCCCAGUCACCACACAAACCCAAGUUGAUCCCAACGUGUCCCUGGCCCUAGCUCACCAAACAAGAAUUAGGAACUUGUAUUCGGGCUCAACCAUGGGCUAUUUGGGAGAUUCAGUUAUUCCGGAGAUAUCCGCUGUGCCAAACACAGUCGGCCGCCGCCCAGACAGUUCAAGUUCUGCAAGCUCGACCACCGACUGGGAAGGAUCUGGUCAUGCCACUGUUCUGCGGCGAGGUGGUCACAUGCCGCCAUUGCCACCGCCAAGGCAAAACAUGCCUUUGGUUGAUAGUCUGAGGCCGUUGGCUCCCAUGGCCCCAGUUUACAACAACUUGAAUGCCAACAUGGCGUCGACUGCCGCUGGCGCCAAUGCGGAUUCCAACAGUAGCGAGUCGGAGUUCGAAAGAACUCUAAAAGUAGGCCAGUUGCCUAUGUCGCAUUUCAGACUGAAACCAAAAAUCAAGCUGGGAAGUGCCCAAACAUCGGUCGCGGCCAGAGUUAGCAAAGAGCACGCCCUCUUCAUGGAUCGACUUAAUGUUCGCACAGAAGUCAAUUCUCAAAGUACCCCAAACGUAGCACCACCAGCAACAGCCACAUCUGUCACCAACAACACUGCAGGCAGCAGAAAGGCCAUAAGUUUGCCCGACGAUGAAGACAACCCUCUGGUAUUCAGCGCUCCCACCUCCCUCUACUUCUCCCAAGCAGACAGUGAUGCUCUACAAGAAGCUAAGAAGGAUUCAAAGCCGGUCAGUGGCCAUGGUACUGCCGCACCCGGCACAGGUAACUCAACCGGGCAAGGCGCCGUUGCCAAGGAAGCGGUCAAAUCCAAUCAGAAGACAAUUCAGGACUCCAUAAUGCGCCACAUGAACAGAGAGAUGACCCCCACCAUCUCUGAAGUCUAUCAUGAGCGUAACAUAGGUCUGGGUCUGGCGCCACCGCUCUCCAAGCUAUUGCUUAGUAAAAACUAUGACGAAUCGGAGCAAGCCUGCAAGGCCACGCCCAACAAUUCGAUUGCUGCCCUAAGUCUAGCAGAAGCUUCCAAUGACAUUGAGCUAAGUGGGGCCUCGUCUUCGUCCUCCGUCAGCACCACAAACACUAAAACCCUAAAUACCCAGAGCUCCAGUGGCAACAACGCAACGCCCAAAGAAGAAUGUCCAACUUGCGGUGAGCCCGAUGACAUUAUUUGUCGCUGCAAAGCAGCCACCGUUCAGAAGAAAUCUUCCCACAAGCCUUGGCUGAGCAAUGUGCCCUCGAGCAUUGUGAAGGCCAGUGAUCUGACAACGGCCGACAUCUUGGAACGGCAAAAUAAAAUUCGCACCAGUGUUAACAAGGAAGUAGGCAAUCUGGCGUCCACCGCUCCCAAUUCCCUAUCCAACCUCAAACGAGUGCCCAGCCCCUUCAAUGAGUUUUGUCGUCGAGACGAGGGCGAUGGCCGAUCUGUGGCCGAUUCCCAGUGCAGCAGUAACUACAAAAACAUCACCAUCCUAAAGACCGACGCACCACCUACCAUUUCCGUAGCAAGUAGGAAGGUCUAAUGCAAACACCCCCCACC